AUGAGUUCAAUCAACGAGGCGGGCCUUCAGCCACCCUACCCUCUCCACUCUUCAAUAAAAGACAAGCUUGACCCAGCAUAUGUAUCAUUCUACAACGCACACAUAUUCGACAAGCAACAAGUGCACCUACAACCCGUCUCUGCGUCUCGAACGAGCGGGAUCCUAAUUCCCGGCGGUGGUCCCAAACUCCCAGUUGGAAAAACAGAAGAUAUCCAAAUCCAAAGGAAAGAAACUGAGGGUCCGGAUGUCUCGAUUCGCGUCUUUACUCCCGAGGGAGAGAGACCCGUAGACGGAUGGCCGGUAAUGGUGUAUUAUCAUGGUGGGGGCUGGGUAUUGGGCAACAUUGAGACGGAGAAUACGGUUUGUACGAAUCUUUGCAAGAGAGCGGGAUGUGUCGUGAUUUCAGUAGAUUAUAGGUUGGCUCCCGAAGACCCAUAUCCAGCAGCUAUCCACGACUCCUGGGAAGCCCUCCUCUGGCUCCAAAGUACCGGAUUCUCCCUCCUCAACCUCAACCCCUCGAAAGUCGCCAUAGGUGGUUCCUCCGCAGGGGGUAACCUGGCUGCAAUAAUGUGCCAUAAAGCCCUUUCUUCCCCAUCCCUCGUCCCAAAAUUCAAAACACAGCUUCUCAUCGUUCCUGUCACUGAUAACACCGCUUCCCCGUCCAGCACUCCUAGCUGGAAAGAGAAUGAACUUUCUCCAGCGUUGCCGGCGGAGAAGAUGAUGUGGUAUAGACGGCAUUAUUUACCGGAUGAGAAGACGUGGGCGGAGCCGGAGGCGAGCCCGUUGUUGUAUGAGGAUGGUUGGGGAGAGCAACCGAAGGCGCUAGUUGUGGUGGGGGAAUUGGAUGUGUUGAGGAGUGAGGGGCAGGAGUAUGCGGAGAAAUUGAAGAGGAAUGGGGUAGAGGCUGACUUGAAGGUUAUGAAGGGUAUGCCGCAUCCGUUUUUGGCGAUGGAUGGGGUGUUGCAGCAGGGGAGAGAUACGAUUACGUUUAUGGUUGAGGCGUUGAAGGAGGUUUUUGCCUGA